CGCCCUCCCUCCUCAGAGAGAAAGCAGAGUUUCCACAGAGCUGCUGUGGCAGUGACUAAGAUCAACCAGGGCUUUACACCCGGACUUUUCAUUGGAGAAGUUGAUUCAUCGGACUGGGGAGAAAAAAAAACAACAACGUUCAGCUAGCUUUAGCGGGAGCAGCAGCGGUCAACAACAACUGGGACUUUUGCUUUCGAAACGAAAGUUUUUAUACCAGAAGCUGUUCGUCGGUUGGCGAUAAGGCUCUUAAACGACACACAGCUGGUAUAAUAAGUUAGUUAUUAAAGAAUGGCUGAUACAAACGCGUCCAGUUCUGGUGCCAACUGCCUGGAGAAGCUGAAAAGUUACUUGAGGACCCAGAAAGGGUUUAUCCUCGCAGCAGAAAUAGUUCUCAGUUUAAUCGUCCUCAUCUGCUAUGCUGCAUCUACGUAUGGAGGCUACUCCGCUGUGGCCAUCUGUGAGAUGAUCUUCGCUAUUGUCUUCUUCGGGAUCUUCAUGAUGGAGUUGGACAAGCAGAUCCAAGUGGUCAACUGGGUCUGGAGUGAUCUUUUCCGUGCUGGUAUUGGUGCUGUACUUUACAUCAUCACUUCUCUGAUUUGUAUCAUCGGAGGAUCCCAGGAUGGCGCUCGUAUCGCAGGCGGGGUAUUUGGUUUGAUCGCUGGUCUGUUGUUUGCCUAUGAUACCUACAUCAUCUUCCUGCAAAUCAAGAGCACCAGGCAGCACACAGCAGCUUCCACCGAUGACAGAGUUUAAACACUCCAAGACACACGUACCUCUGUCAAGAAUGCAGCAGAAGAACAAAAAAGGACAUUUGUGCAGAAGUUAACAGAAG